CCAAACGUUUCGAAUCACCCUCACCAGGUCGCGCUCUCACUCUCGCGCCAAUCAAAUGAUAAAUGGAAAGGUGGAGCGCGAAGUCUUAAAAGGCCGUCGUGAACGCUUACAGUUCGGUACCGCGGCAAAAAUUUAGAACAGACAGACUGUCUUAGUUGUUAGUAGUGAUUGUGCGAGUUUAGUAGUGUAAGCAGUGGGUACCAUGGAUCUCUUACAACGGUACCUUAUUCUGGCCGUUGUACUUUUGAUAGCCUGCUUUUUGGAUUCGGUUAGCACGGUCCGAGUUGGAGCGAAAAAAAAGAAAGUUACAGAUCAAAACACAGCAGCAUCAUGGUGGCAACAAGAUGCUCUGAAUCCACCUGACCUUCUUGAUACACCGGACUUGUUCUCGUCAACCCAUGGUCUGGUACAAACCCAUCCAGGUCUUAGCCCCGGCAGAGGGUCGGUGAAAUUCACCCCUGGUGCUAGUCCGCUUAAUAUUAAAGGAGGAUUUAGUCAUAGGCAUUUAGAUUUUCGAUCAUCAGCGACAGCAGAACUGAGGAGAAAUCCACUGCUGUCGGCACCUGAAGAAUGCGCUAGAGCUUGUAGAGAGGGAGAGCCACCGAAAAUUUGCUACUAUCACUUUACUCUGGAAUACUAUACUGUGCUUGGAGCGGCUUGCCAAGUAUGUACACCAAAUGCUACGAAUACCGUAUGGUCAUCAUGUCAAUGUGUCUUGGCCGAUGGUGUUGAACGAGGUAUUCUGACUGCAAAUAGAAUGAUUCCCGGCCCUAGUAUACAAGUUUGCGAAGGAGACAAAGUUGUCGUAGAUGUGGAAAAUCAUAUGGAAGGUAUGGAAGUGACUAUCCAUUGGCACGGACUCUGGCAGAGAGGAACUCAAUACUACGAUGGAGUACCUUUCGUAACGCAAUGUCCAAUUCAGCAAGGAAACACAUUUAGAUAUCAGUGGAUUGCGGCUAAUGCAGGCACCCACUUCUGGCACUCUCACACGGGUCUUCAGAAGUUAGAUGGUCUCUACGGAAGCAUUGUCGUUCGUCAAGCUCCAUCUAAAGAUCCCAACAGUCACCUUUAUGACUACGAUUUAACAACACACGUGAUUGUUUUGAGUGAUUGGAUGCACGAAGAUGCCGCAGAAAGGUUCCCAGGAAGAUUGGCAGUUAAUGUUGGACAAGAUCCCGAAAGUUUACUUAUCAAUGGAAAAGGUCAAUUUAGAGAUCCCAACACCGGUUUCCAAACCAAUACACCAUUAGAAGUAUUCACGGUGACCCCAGGAAGACGCUACCGAUUCAGAACAAUAACGUCGUUAGCUACAGUAUGUCCUGUUCAAUUGACAAUUGAAGGACACGAUUUGACACUUAUUGCAACUGAUGGAGAACCUGUACAUCCCGUACAAGUUAACACCAUUAUAUCAUUUUCCGGUGAGCGUUAUGACUUUGUCAUCAAUGCUGAUCAAAACAUCGACGCUUAUUGGAUUCAGCUUAGAGGGCUUGGUGAAUGCGGUAUUCGAAGAGUUCAGCAGCUUGCCAUCUUGCGGUAUGCCAGAGGGCCAUACCAACCAAGCACUGCUGCUCCCACUUAUGAUAUCGGUCUUCCCCAAGGAGUGGUUUUAAAUCCACUCGACGCAAGAUGUAAUGAGGCUAGAACCGACGCAAUUUGUGUUAAUCAACUGAAAAACGCUUUGAACAUUGACCCAGGAAUUUUGCAAGAAAGGCCAGAUGUCAAGAUUUUCUUGCCUUUCCGGUUCCAUAUAUAUACUCCUGAAGAUCUGUUUGCACCAAACACAUACAACAGACAUUUAGUUGCUCCAAAUGGAGAUCACGUCAUAAGUUUAAUCGAUGAAAUUUCGUAUAUGGCGCCACCCUCUCCACCACUUUCCCAAUACGAUGACAUUAACCCCGAACAGUUUUGCAAUGGUGACAACAGACCAGCAGACUGUGGACCUAAUUGUAUGUGCACUCAUAAGAUCGACAUUCCACUCAAUGCCAUCGUAGAGGUCGUUUUGGUCGAUGAAGUUCAAUCACCAAAUCUUAGCCAUCCUUUCCAUUUACACGGUUACGCCUUCAAUAUAAUUGGAAUGGGUAGAUCACCUGAUAGAAGCGUAAAAAUCAACCUCAAACAUGCCCUCGAUCUGGAUAGACAGGGUCUAUUGGACCGUCACUUCAACCUUCCACCUGGCAAAGACACAAUUGCUGUACCAAACAAUGGAUAUGUAGUUUUGAGGUUCAGGGCAAACAAUCCUGGUUUCUGGUUGUUCCAUUGUCACUUUUUGUUCCAUAUAGCUAUUGGCAUGAAUUUGAUUCUACAAGUGGGCACCCUUGGCGAUUUGCCCCCUGUUCCUCCAGGUUUCCCCAGAUGUAUGGACCAUUUACCGGAAAUUUCUCUCGAUCCUAGUAGAGUACCUUAGCUCAAACGUUUUGUUAUUUAAUUCAAGUUAAUUGUUAUUUAUCGCUUAUUUCAGCCGGGUUAAGGCUGAAACUUGGUAACACCAGAUACUGGGGAUUAUGUUUAAAAUGAAAACAAAACGUAUUUAUUUAUAUAUUUGUCACUGAUCGUCCUUCAGUAUCUUUUGCCAAAUUUCGUCUUUAUUUCUCUUGCCAUUUCAAAAUUUAACUAACGCCAUUUUAUUUUCAAAAAAUACUUGUAAUCAGUAUUAUUACUUACGUUAACAAGUUCGUAACUUACUUUCCAUUUAUUCCUAGCUUAAUCAUAUAUUUACAUUUCUUUUUCUGUUUUCAAUUUCUUUUCGUAGCGACGAUUAUGCAAAAGUUUUGUCACUUUCUGACGCCAUUUUAAGGUAAGUUUAACGUAGCUAUUAAAACGAAUUUCUUUAUCACUGCACCAUCAUAUAAUUGCUGUACAUCAUGAAAGGUAAAUGUUUACAAUUAUUCUUCACUCUUGUAAAUAAUUGUAUUUAUACACAUCCUGCUUGUAAAACCAUGUACAUUAUUAUAAUAAUAAUUAUUAUUAUUAUUUAAGAACUGACUACCAUCGAUUUCGUUACUUUUUUCUUUAAUUUUCUGUUACAAAUGUAAAUUAAAUUGACGUAAUACGGUUUGAAUUUUUAAUUUAAAUGAAAUAAAAUUAUUUUAGCAGCAAUAUCAUCUGUGACAACUCUGAGUUAGUUUGUUCCUUCUCCCAUUUCCUCAUAGUCCCCCCCCCCCAUAUAAAGACUUACGAUUACAGUAUUUUUGUAAGGUUAGCAGUAAUCUCUCCUACAACUCAAUCAAAGAAAUGCUAAUGUUACCUGCUUAAAUUGAUGCUAGUUAGACGUAGACAAAAGUCGCUCAAGGAAAAACGGACGCAUUUUUUGACUUAUUAGAAAAUAAAAUCGACGUAUCAUCAGAGAUAUGUAAUUAUAAAACAGCUCUCUUAUUUUUCUAUUCUAAUUUUAAUUUUGUGUAUCAUAUGCAGCGUAAUUUGUACGUAAUUAAUGUAACUGUAAAUAGACGUGUGUUAGCUGGUGUACCAAUUUUAUAUAAACAAUUGUACAUGACAGUUAGCAACAUUAAAUAUUAUGGAAUACAGA